UGUUCGCUUCCUUGGUAGCGGCCGCGUAACUCUGCCGGGGCUAUUCUGCCUUUCUCCUUUGUUCGAAGGGGGCGGGUGAGGUGCUCCAAAUGCACAGGCCCAGGAGAAUAGCAUGGAAGUGCUCCCCAGAGGUCCCUGUGGGAGUGAAAGGAGGCGCUGGGCACGUGAACCCCGGCUACUCUAGCGAAGAAGAAAAUGGGGAGCCCCCCCUAAGGGGAAGCACCCAAGUGAGCGACGCGGCGGCCAUGGGGGACGAAGAAGACCACCCGCUCCUCAGGGGAAUUUUCGAGAUCGAGAAGAAGAGCUGCGACGUGGUGCUCAGCGCCCAGAAGCUCAGCUGGAGUCCGAUCAAGCCAGAGAGCCCCGUAGGAGAUUCCAGUAGUGGUUUACAGCAUAAGGAAGAAUCUAUUGAAAUGAAAUAUGUAUUUUCCAUAAAAUUGAAACGUCGUCGUUUUGCUAGGCAAGAAAAAGGAGGCAUAUUAUUAGGAAUCACUGUUUUUGUGUGUCUAAAAAAAGAAGGCAAUAAACUUAAAGAUGCCACCAUCAAUCUAGGCAACAUGAGUGAAGACCAUUGUUACUUAUGGUAUAGAUCAUUGAAGGAAAUUUUGAAGGGGUUUCCAAGUCGGCCAAAGUCAUUAAAAGUAUUUGUCAAUCCGAACAGCCAUAAAAAAGAAGCUACUUGGAUUUAUUAUGAGCAAGUUGCUCCCCUCUUCAAGCUUGCUGACAUCACGACUGACGUUAUUGUUACUGAAUAUGAAGGUCAUGCUCUUAGGGUGCUCAAGGAAUGUGACCUAAAGUCAUUGCAUGGGGUGGUCUGUGUUGGUGGAGAUGGCACUGUCAGUGAGAUUGCUCAUGGUCUUUUGGUUAGAGCCCAGGUAGAUGCUGGAAAGAACUGUGAUAAUGCACUUGUACCAGUCAAAUCACAAGUUCCUCUUGGGAUAAUACCAGCAGGUUCUACUAAUAUUUUGGCACAUACUCUGAAUGGAAUCCAACACACACGAACAGCAGCAUUGCAUAUAAUAUUGGGGCACCUACAGUCAGUGGAUAUGUGCACUUUCAGUAGCCCUGUCAAGCUACUUCGCUUUGGAUUCUCUUCUAUGUUUGGCUUUGGAUCAAGGACUCUAGCUUUGGCUGAAAAGCAUCGUUGGAUUCCAUCAAAUCGUCGUAAAGAUUUUGCUGUAAUCAAGACACUAGCAAGCCUCAAACCAGAAGAUUGUGAAUUGUUAUUCCUCCCACUGAAUCAUUUACAACAAGAUGCACAAAAAAUUGAUAGAAGGAAGCAAGGGAGACUUAAAUCAGACAGCAAGGAUGAGUGGCAGAGAAUCCAGGGUCACUUCCUGAAUGUGAGCAUUAUGGCAAUCCCUUGUCUCUGUUCAGUGGCACCAAGAGGCUUGGCACCUAAUACCAGAUUGGAUGAUGGGAGCAUAGCUCUUAUAACUGUAAGGAAUACUUCCCGGCAAGAAUUCAUGAAACAUUUGAAAAGAUAUUCUAGCAUGAAAAACCAGUUCAACUUUCCUUUUAUUGAAACUUAUACUGUUGAAGAAGUAAAAGUCCGUCCAAGAACUGGAAAGAAACGUAUCACUGGAGAUAAUCUGAGCUGUGUAGAUUCUGAGGAAAAGAGCUACCCCUGGAAUAUAGAUGGAGAUUUAGUGGAAUGGGCAACAGAAGUUCAUAUUCGGGUACAUCCCCAGUUGAUAAAUUUGUAUGGAGGAAAUGUUAUUUUGGAUAAUCUGAAAGAAUCGUGCAGUUAUAUUUAGAAAUAAUUUAUGAAGAAAAGUUACCUACUUUCCAGCCCAAUCAUAUUAAGGUGACAAAAAUUGCAUAAGGAUGUGGAAGCCUGGAUGAUUCAAGUUAGAGGUAUGCAUUGGACCUCAAUAUUCAGCUCAGAACACAGUUCAGAGCCUUGGGAAAGUGCCCACUUUUCUAUCAGGUCAAAUGCUGCCACCUUCACCCCAAGCUGGAUCAAAGACAUGUUUUGUGAUUCCUGUUUUGUGUUUUGUAUGCAAGUCAAACACCUAUAGCAUCGACAAAUUUACAGAAACAUUAAAUGGUAGGGGGAGAUUGACCACCCAAUUUUAGAGAAAUAACAUAGUCUUUUUGGAAGUCAGCUCCCUCAUUUUUUAAAAUUAUAAUUAGAUGGUAUUUGCCCCUAAAAUUACAGCAUCAAUUUUCAGAUAGCUAGGUUGAAGUGUUUUUCUGCAAAUCUUUAUGAACCAGUGGUGGUAGGGAGAAAAAAAUUCAUUGACUACCCCCAAGUGGAUAGUGUCAGUUGCAUAGGGAAUGACCAGACUUAAAACACCCUUCCUGUACUACUACAGGAUUUUUCAAACUGUGUUCCAUGGAGCCCUAGCAAUCUGCAAGAAUUUGAUGUUCCAUGAGAGACUGAAAAAUGGCAAGAUGGAGAGUAUAAAAAUAAAACUCUUUAAUAGGCCAUUCAGAGAAAAAGAUGCAGGAGGAUUGGUUUUUAGACAAAACUAAAGUACAUUUGGUAAAAGAAACCACUAUUUUAGCAAGUAUUUGACUUGGACAUGGCUCAAGUCUUCUAAUGGUUGAACAGAUUAUAAUGAACUCAUGCAUUACAGUGGGCAUUCACCUGACCUUUUAAAAACAUCAUAGGCAAAAUGACUCAUUUCUAAUAAUUCACAAAUUAUGGGAUAAUUUGAGUUCAGUUAGUAUCUAAAAUUAUUCCCCAGUUUUUAAUUGAAAUACAAGUAUAUUUACAUAUUGCUAACCAAGUUUUUAAAAAUAUAGUUGAGAAUAUUUUUCAAUUUGUUCUUUAAAGCAAAACAACUAAAAUACUUAGUUUUGUAUUGAAUUAUGAUUUUAUAAGAGUGAAUAAAAUUAGUGAAUAAGUUGGCAUAACCGUCAACUAGACAUUUCAGUAUAGUUUUCACUGGUAAAUAACUUGGCAGAUUUUGGCUGAUUUUUGAAAUAGAAAUCAUACAGUGGAUUUGUACAUUGUGACCUUAUAUUAAGUUUUUGUUCCUUAUAUAAAUUCAUUCAUAAAUAAAAUCCAGCAAA